ACUAUUGAUUUUUUAUGCAACAGAAAGCGAGUGCGGGAGUGCGGAAUCCUCGCUUGCCAUUUGGCCUACAAAUUAUAAACAAAAAAGAUGUGCCUUUCAAAAUGACAACUUUAUAAAAAAUUAAUAGUUUGCUCACAGCCCCCCAACAACAUCGAACAGCUGAUUGAGCGCUGCUGUCAGGCCAGCCGCUUUGCGCCGGGGUGGCAACUCUAAUGCAUGUUAUUUCAAGCGAACAACAUCAAGUUACGUAUUCGAACCGGCGGCCACAAGUCGCAAUAGAAGAAAAGUGGCUGGAAAUUAUGUACAAAGGCCUGCGACAUUUUAGAAAUGUGCUGCAACGUGGAUCCCACAAUCUGGCGCGAUGCCACGCCUACGUGACGCACAUGAGCAAUCCAAAUGCAGUUGCCGCUGCCGCUGCCGCAACCGGAUUGCCCAGCAAGCUGUGCGGCGCCGCUGGCCUAAAUCGGCAGCUAAUUGCGCCCGCCCUGCAGCCGCUGAGCUGGCGACAGAUGCAAAUGCUGCGAUCAGAGUACAAAGCAAUUGUGGGCGUGAUUGCACGUUCUCUGCAAUUGACGCCACGCGAGGUGCAGCAAUUGCAUCUGCGCUGCUUAUGCUCCCGCAAGACAGACACGGACAAGCACAGCAGCGGCAGCAACAAGAACAGCGACAAGGAGAGCAGCAAGGAGAGCAGCAAACCCGCAAAGAGCGACAAGUCAACUGACCCGAACAACGAAACGCCGCCAGAGAGCGGCAAAGAAACGUCACAGGGGUCCGGCUCCGGUUCCGGUGAAGAGUCAUCAAAUCCCAAUAACAACAAAAACAAUGAAAACGAUGAGAAAAUGCGCUCGGUUCUAACUAAAGCAGUGCUUUGGCUGUUCACAAUUUACAUGUUUGUGGCCUUUAUAUCGUUGCUUAUAACGCCGCGCACCGAGCGUCCCGAGGGCUCCACACGUUACGUUUCAUGGAAUGAGUUUGUGCAUCAUAUGCUGGCCGUGGGCGAAGUUAAGGAGCUGAUCAUACGGCCGGAUAUGGAAAUGGUAACCAUUAUACUGCACGACGGCGCUGUCAUCAAGGGACGAAAAGUAACAUCCACCAUAUUCCACAUGGCCGUUGCGGAUGCUAACAAGUUCGAGGAAAAGCUGCGCCUUGUGGAAAAACGUUUGGGUAUUACAGACGGCGUACCAGUUACUUAUGAUCGGCAAACGGACACCACUGGCCGCAUCCUGAUGCUGUUGCUCUUCUGCGCCCUGCUCAUGUCCAUUGCCACGCGCAUGAAGAGCAUGAAAAGCCCACUCAGCAUGGACUCAUUUAACCAAAUGGGCAGAGCCAAGUUUACGCUCGUGGAUCCGUUUGAUGGCGGACGCGGCGUACUUUUUCGCGAUGUCGCUGGCCUUAGUGAGGCCAAGCAGGAGGUUAAGGAGUUUGUUGAUUAUCUAAAGACACCAGAAAAGUAUCAGCGCUUGGGCGCCAAGGUGCCUCGCGGCGCUCUUCUAUUGGGUCCACCCGGCUGUGGCAAAACGCUGCUGGCCAAAGCGGUUGCAACCGAAGCGCAGGUGCCCUUUCUCAGCAUGAAUGGAUCUGAGUUUAUUGAAAUGAUUGGCGGUCUGGGCGCUGCACGUGUUCGCGAUUUGUUUAAGGAGGGCAAGAAACGUGCACCCUGCAUUAUUUACAUUGACGAAAUCGAUGCGAUUGGACGACAGCGUUCCGGCACCGAAAGCAUGGGCCAGGGCAGCUCCGGCGAGUCCGAGCAGACGCUAAAUCAGCUGCUUGUCGAAAUGGACGGCAUGGCUACCAAGGAGGGGGUUCUUAUGCUAGCGAGCACCAAUCGAGCGGACAUCCUCGACAAGGCUCUGUUACGUCCCGGUCGCUUUGAUCGUCACAUACUCAUUGAUUUGCCGACACUUCAGGAGCGCAAAGAAAUAUUCGAGAAGCAUUUGUCAUCAGUUAAAUUGGCCGAGGCGCCCAGCAGCUAUUCACAGCGUUUGGCACGCCUAACGCCCGGCUUCUCCGGCGCCGAUAUUGCGAACGUAUGCAACGAGGCGGCGCUCCAUGCGGCGCGCAACGUACAGCCAGAGGUCACCAGCAAAAAUCUAGAGUAUGCCGUCGAGCGUUUAGUUGGUGGCACCGAGAAGCGUUCUCAUGCGCUUUCGCUGACCGAACGCAAGGUGAUUGCCUAUCACGAGUCUGGCCAUGCGUUGGUCGGCUGGAUGCUGCCCAAUUCGGAUAUUCUGCUCAAGGUGACCAUUGUGCCGCGCACAAGUCUGGCCCUGGGCUUUGCCCAAUACACGCCCAGUGAACAGCAUUUGUAUUCCAAGGAGGAGCUAUUCGAUAAGAUGUGCAUGGCACUGGGCGGUCGUGCGGCAGAGAAUUUGAUAUUUAAUCGCAUCACAACUGGCGCACAAAACGAUUUAGAGAAGGUCACCAAGAUUGCCUAUUCGCAGAUCAAGAAAUUUGGCAUGAACGAACGGCUAGGUCCCAUCUAUGUGCGUGAUUCGAAUGAGACUGGUGGCGGCGGUGGCACCAAGCCCUUCUCCCGUGCUAUGGAUAGCAUUAUCGAUCACGAGGCGCGCAACGUCGUCUCCCAAGCGUAUCAAACAACCGAAGAUCUACUGAACAAGCAUCGCGACAAGCUGGAGAAGCUGGCAGAAGCUCUGCUCGAUAAGGAGACGCUUGACUAUGAUGAGGUGGUCAAUCUGAUUGGACCGCCACCAUUUGAUCCAGCCAAACGUCAGGUGGACUCUGUUGAGUUUGAGCAGUCGCUGAGGAAUCUUGGCACCGAUGAGCCAAAAGCUUAGUUGGAACACCUUAAUAUAGCUGUGGCUGACCCCAACACACUUUAAUCCACUUACACACACACACACACACACACACACACACACACACAAACACACACCCUCCCUCAUACAUUGUCACACAACACCCGCGCUCCUGCCACCUCUCUAUAGACAGCCGGUUCAUGUUCAAUAAAUGUAAAUAAAGUUGUUUACCUUUUUAAUUGAUUAUAACA